UUUUUGGUUGGGUAAUGCCAAUGAAACUUGGCUAUUGUCGAUUCAAGAAACAACGGAGAACUUGGAAAAAGAUACAGCCAAAGAGUAGGAUAGUUUGACUGUUCUAACUCCAACUCCUUGCAUCAAUUAUCUUUAAAAUGAAAUUUCAGUUAUUAGCAAACAAAAUGGAAGCCUUCUUAAUGGUGCUUGUUCUGUGUUUGUUUCACUUCUUUAUUACUACAGCUUUGGCACUCAACACUAUAAGUGCAGGGCAGUCCAUUAAAGACGGUGAAACUCUUGUGUCCGCUGGUGGAACCUUUGAGCUCGGAUUUUUCAGUCCCGAAAAUUCCAAGAGUCGAUAUCUGGGAAUUUGGUACAAGAAAAUAUCAACCGGGACUGUCGUGUGGGUAGCCAAUAGGGAAGCUUCAGUUUCUGAUGCCUCGGGAGUUCUAAGUAUCAAUAAUAGAGGAGUUCUUUCAAUUAUGAAUGGCACCGAAGGCGUUGUUUGGUCUUCUAAUACAUCAAGAAAUGCAGCAAAGGAGCCGGUUGCACAACUCCUGGAUUCGGGAAAUUUUGUAGUUAAAGAUGGAUAUGAUAGUGAUCCGGAAAGCUUUCUUUGGCAAAGUUUUGAUUAUCCUUGUGAUACCUUUCUACCAGGUAUGAAGCUCGGAAGAAACUUCGUCACCGGUUUCGACAGGCAUCUAUCAUCCUGGAAAAGUGAGGAAGAUCCUGCUCCAGGCCAAUAUACUAUGAGGAUUGAUCCUCGUGGGGUGCCACAGUUUGUUCUUAAGAAGGGACCUGCAAUACUGUUUAGAGCAGGAUCAUGGAAUGGUGUUUAUUUUUCAGGAAGAUCUGUGACUGAACCUAAUCCAGUAUAUUCUUAUGAGUUUGUCUUGAACAAGAAUGAGGUCUCUUACAAAUAUGAGACUCGAAACAGUUUGAUCUUUUCCAGGUACUUACUAAAUCCAUCAGGUCUAGUACACCGCUCCAUAUGGAACGAGAGAAAACAUGACUGGGAGGUUUUCUCUGCAGCACAAGCGGACCAGUGUUCGAUCUAUGCCCGUUGUGGAUCAUAUGCUACCUGCAACACAGUUGAAACUCCUCCAUGUAAAUGCUUGGAAGGGUUCAAGAGAAGAUCAGCAUCUUCCCCGGAUUUAAGCUCAGUGGAUUGGUCAGAUGGAUGUACUCGAAGGACGCCAUUGGCAUGUGAUGGUGGAGAUAGCUUUCUCAAGCAAACUGGACUGAAAAUACCGGACACUUCGAAAUCUUGGGCAGAUAUUAGCAUUGAUCUUAAGGACUGUGAGAAAUUAUGUUUAAAGAAUUGCUCUUGCACUGCCUAUGCUAAUUUAGAUAUCCGAGAGGGAGGCCAUGGCUGCUUGCUGUGGUUUGGAGACCUAACCGACAUGUUGGAAUUCAAUGAGGGUGGACAAGACCUUUAUAUCAGGCUGGCCGCUUCUAAUCUAAAUCAUAUUCAAAGCAAAGGAAAGCUAACAGAAAAGCAAAAGGCUGGAAUCAUAGUCGCCUCUGUCAUAAUAGCCAGCGGAGUAACGAUGCUAGCAUUGGCGUUGUAUGUUUGGAAGAUAAAGCGUAGGAAAACAGGUGAACAUGGAAAGGAAGAUUUUGAGUUGCCUGUAUUGGAGUUUGCAACCGUAGCUAUAGCAACUAAUAAUUUCUCGAGGAACAACAAGCUGGGACAAGGCGGCUUCGGUCCUGUUUACAAGGGUACAUUGAUCGAGGGGCAAGAAAUAGCAGUCAAGAGACUUUCAAAGAAUUCGGGACAAGGACUCGAAGAGUUUAAAAAUGAAGUAACCUUGAUUGCUAAACUUCAGCAUCGCAAUCUUGUAAAGCUCUUUGGCUGCUGCAUCAGGAAAGAUGAAAGGAUGUUGAUUUACGAGUAUAUGCCUAACAAAAGUUUGGACUACUUUAUUUUCGCUAAAACGAGAAGCAAACUACUGGACUGGCAUAGCCGAAUGCAUAUCGUCGAUGGAAUUGCUAGAGGGAUUCUUUACAUUCAUCAUGACUCUAGGUUGAGGAUCAUCCAUAGAGAUCUCAAAGCAAGCAACAUUUUGCUUGAUAGUAACAUGAACCCAAAGAUUUCGGAUUUCGGUUUGGCUAGGAAGUUUGGAGUGGAUCAGACUCAGGCCAAUACUAAAAGAGUUGUUGGAACUUACGGUUAUAUGUCACCUGAGUAUGUCUUGGACGGGCUUUUCUCAAUGAAAUCCGAUGUCUUCAGCUUUGGAGUUUUGGUUCUGGAGAUAAUAGCAGGAAAGAAAAAUAGGGGAUUUUCCCACCCGGAACAUGACCAUAAUCUUCUUGGACACGCAUGGAGAUUGUGGAUGGAAAAGAGGCCAUUAGAACUACUCGACACCGGGUUGGUUGACUCCUACGAUGAAACCGAAGUGCUAAGAUGCAUCAAUGUAGCUCUCUUAUGCGUGCAACAAUGCCCCGCAGACAGACCAAACAUGUCAUUAGUGCUGCUAAUGUUGUGCGGAGAGAGUAUACUGCCCCAACCAAAGCAGCCUGGGUUUUUCAUCGAAAGAAACAUUCUUACGGCUGACGCUGAUGAAAUAUACUCAAUAAAUGAGUCUACUAUUACAUCAUUAAUGCCACGAUAGAUGCUUCCCAGAUGCCUUGAAAA